GCCCCGGCGUGCAGCGGGCAGGGCGGUGCCGGGGCCGAGCCCGGCGGAGCCGCGACCGGGAGCAGCUCCGAGCGGCUCCCACCGCCCGCAGCGAGGAAGUGCCUGAUCCCCACCACCCUUCCGUGGUCCCGGCCUGCCUGUUGGCUCCCCCCAUGGAGCUGGUGCUGGCAGAGGACCCUCCUCAAGGUGGCUGGCUCAGCCUGCAGCAGCAGCAGCAGCACUAGGUGGGACGUGGUGCCACCCCAGGAGGGACGAUGGCUCAGGGCACCGGGAGCAUCAACAGUGACUACAAGGACUGGGAGUGGAGCGCUGACGCCGGGGAACGGGCCCGGCUCCUGCAGAGCCCCAGCGUGGAGACAGUGCCAAAGGGUGGAGAGAGCCCAGGAAAUGGUCUGGGAGCCACCUCGGCCUUGGGGGCCGUCUUCAUCGUGGUCAACGCUGCCCUGGGGGCCGGGCUGCUCAACUUCCCUGCUGCCUUCAGCAUGGCCGGCGGCGUGGCCGCGGGCAUCGCCCUGCAGAUGUGCAUGUUGAUCUUCAUCAUUGGAGGCUUGGUCAUCCUGGGGUACUGCUCGCAGGCCAGCAACGAGCGCACCUACCAGGAGGUGGUGUGGGCUGUCUGUGGGAAGGUGCCUGGUGUCCUCUGCGAGGUGGCCAUCGCUGUCUACACCUUCGGCACCUGCAUCGCCUUCCUCAUCAUCAUCGGAGACCAGGAGGACAAGAUCAUUGCUGCUCUGGUGACAGAGCCUGGGGAAGGUGGGAGCAGGCGCUGGUACACGGACCGCAAGUUCACCAUCAGCAUCACUGCCUUCCUCCUCAUCCUGCCCCUCUCCAUCCCCAAGGAGAUCGGCUUCCAAAAAUAUGCCAGCUCCCUGAGUGUGAUCGGCACCUGGUAUGUCACAGCAGUCAUCAUCAUCAAGUACAUCUGGCCUGACAAGGAGCUCACCCCUGUGGAGAUCCCCACCAGCCCCUCCACCUGGACAGCUGUCUUCAAUGCUGUGCCCACCAUCUGCUUUGGCUUCCAGUGCCACGUCAGCAGCGUGCCCGUCUUCAACAGCAUGAGGCAGCCAGAGGUGAAGACCUGGGGGGCGGUGGUGACGGCGGCCAUGGUGAUCGCUCUGUUCGUCUACACGGGCACAGGAGUCUGUGGCUUCCUGACUUUUGGAGCUGGCGUGGAACAGGACGUCUUGCUGUCCUACCCUUCCAACGACAUCCCUGUUGCCCUGGCCAGGGCCUUCAUCAUCCUCUGUGUCCUGACCUCCUACCCCAUCCUGCACUUCUGCGGCCGGGCAGUUUUGGAGGGUCUCUGGCUCCGUUACACGGGGGUGACAGUGGAGGAGGACGUGGUUCGGGAGCGGAGGAGGCGGCUCCUUCAGACCCUCAGCUGGUUCCUCCUCACCCUGCUCCUGGCGCUUUUCAUCCCCGACAUCGGCAAAGUCAUCUCGGUCAUCGGGGGCUUGGCUGCCUGCUUCAUCUUUGUCUUCCCAGGGCUCUGCCUGAUUCAAGCCAAGCUCUCUGAAAUUCAAGAAACCAGGGCGAUCAGCUGGUGGGCCCAGGUCUGCUACGGGGUCUUCAUGGUCACCCUGGGAGCCUUCAUCUUUGGACAGACAACUGCCAAUGCCAUCUUCGUGGAUCUCACAGCCUGACUCCUCCUCUGGGCUGGACCACGUUGCUGCUGUGGGGAUGUAGAUUUCCCCCCUGGGCCAAAGGGAAGUGGAAAGAAGACACGUUGGCUUGUUGGGAAGAUCCAAGAGGAGCGUUGUCACCUGGGGCUUGGCUGAAAGGGUCCUGUGGUGGUUUUUAUCUCCUUGUCUUCAGGCACCAGGCUUCUUCUCUCAGCCCCGAUUCCCUGGUGAGCAUCACUACAAGGGGACCUGUAGCCCAGGUCAAGCCCUUCCUGCCCCUCCAGGGUGGACAUCACCACCUUGGACAUCACCCAGGGGUGGUUGGGGGGGGGGGGUUUGUGAAGGCAUGCUGCUCUCCCCCUGUACCCCUGUGCUGGGGGAGCUCCUUUCCACAGCAGGAGCUCCCCCUUCUCCCAGUGUUGGUGGGAGACAGUGUGUUUUACAUAAAGGGACCCAGUCAUCCUGUCCAUCAGGGGCAACGUCCCCA